AUGGCGCUGAACGGGGGCUUCACGCGCGGCGGCACGAGCAGCUGGGCCGACGACGACGACGCGGACUUCCAGCCGCUGCCGGUCCCUGCCAAGAUCCCUGCGACGGAGACCUUACCACCGACGGAAGAGCACGAAACGCAGCCACAAGCGCAGCAAUGCGAUGAACCGCGUCAAGCGUCGGGUCGCAGGGACUCUCGAGCUGAAGGACGUGACAGUCGUGAUGACCGUCGCGGUGGGUACGACGAGCGUCGUGGGGGGUACGAAGAGCACCGCGAGACGCGUGCGCCUCGGGAGGAGCGGCCGAAGAAUCCGGUACCGGACGUAGGACCGUGGAAACUUUUCGUGGGCAAUUUGUCGUACCGGGUGACACCAGACGAUCUGGCUGAGUUUAUUGGUGUCGAUGGCAUUAAGGACAUCCGCAUUCCUCGUGACUUUGAAAAUCGGUCCAAGGGCAUUGCUUUUGUCGAGUUUGACGACAAGGAUAAGCUCGUGCAGGCACUCGGGCUGGAUGGAUACGAUUUUGAAGGCCGCCGAGUCAAGAUGGACGUAGUGCUGGAGAGCGAACGCAUGUCGCGCGACAAGGGGCGGUUCGAGAAGCGUAGCGAUCGUCCGUCGGCUGAUGGCUCUCGGAGACGCAGUGAGGGCAACCUUGCUCAACAAGAACGCCCGCGUCUGUCGCUGCUACCACGCACCACUUCUACCGGGCAGAAAGAUUCGGCUGAGCACAAGCCCAGCAUAUUUGGUGAGGCGAAGCCGCGCGAUGAAAGUGCGUACUUGGAGCGCAAGAAAGCUCUGGAUCUCGAGCGCAAGAAAGCUCUGGAUCUCGAGCGCGAGAUGAAGGCCAAAGAAGCCAAGGAAAGGGCUAAGGAAGCCAAAGAGACCAAAGCGAAGGCCAAGGAAGCCACAGAGGCCAAAGCAAAGGAAGCCAAAGAAGCUAAAGCAAAGGAGGUCAAGGAGGUCAAAGCGAAGGUUGACGCGGAGGUUGCUGUGUCCGCUCGCAAGGGCUCUCGCGAUGAUGGCUCUCGUCGCGGGCGAGGGCGUGGUCGCGGCGACCGUCGCCCCAUCGACGGCGGUCGUGGUGCCGCCGCAAAGGACAGCGUUUCGGCACGGAAAUCGGAACCUCGUCCGAAGCGUGCUGAGCCUGUCAAGACCAAGAUCUUGGAACCGGCGCCGGCGAAAAUUGCCAACCCGUUUGACAUCCUGAACGACUCCGACUCCGACUCGGAUUCAGAUUAG